CAUUUCUUGCUUCUCUAUCUCAUUUCACAAUGGCUCCUGCCAAACGCCAUUUCCCAUGCGAAGAAGACGAAUCAUCAACUCAUCAGAAGAAAGCAAAACAAGUUGCGCUGGAACAACUUCUUUCGCCAUCACCAGUUGUUCUCAAUUCUGCUGAUUGUAACUUAGAUUUCAAUAUUGAAUGCAAUGGACUUGUUGGAUAUGGCCUUAAUGAAGAAGGCUUUGGUUAUUGUUGGUCUGGUGCUAGAGCUACUGCUGGAAUAAAAAAUGGUAGAUAUUGCUAUGGUUGUGUUGUUGUUUCUCCUCAACCUGUUGAUACCGAUGAUACUGCUCCUGAUCAGCGGCAUCUUUGUCGUCUUGGUGUUUCUAGAGGCGAUGACGCUGUUGGAGCUCUUGGUGAGACAAAAAAUAGCUUUGGUUAUGGCGCCACUGGCAGGUUUUCUAAUGCCGGGAAGUUUUUGAAGUUUGGUGAUAAGUUUGGUGUUGGUGAUACAAUAGUUUGUUGCAUUGAUCUUGAGAGUAAACCACUUGCUUCAAUUGGUUUCUCUAAGAAUGGUAAAUGGUUGGGUACUGCAUUUCAAUUUGAUGUUGGUUCUCUUGGUCUUGGAGCGGAUUCUUCUUUUUCAAAGGACUCGCCUUGGGAAUGGGCACUUUUUCCGCAUGUUCUGUUGAAAAAUGUUGUGGUUCAGAUGCAGUUCAGUGUUGAACAAGGACUUGUUCCUCAAGAAGGGUUCAGACCUUGGGCCUUUGCUGUUGCGGAUGGAAAUGCGGUUAUGGGACCUUCGUUUUCUUAUCCAAAGGAUUGUGAAUUGAUGAUGCUUGUGGGAUUACCGGCUUCAGGCAAGACUACAUGGGCUGAAAAAUGGGUGAAAGAUCACUCGGAGAAGCGUUAUGUUUUGCUUGGCACAAACUUAAUUCUUGAACAGAUGAAGGUUCCUGGACUGUUACGGAAGAACAACUACAGUGAAAGGUUUGACCGUUUGAUGGACAAGGCAACUGCAAUGUUCAAUGUAAUUCUGGCCAGGGCAGCUAAUGUUCCCCGCAAUUAUAUAAUCGAUCAGACAAAUGUAUACAAAAAUGCACGCAAACGGAAGCUUAAGCCAUUCAAGGAUUAUCAAAAGACUGCUGUUGUGGUUUUCCCAAAGCCAGAAGAGCUCACGAGACGGUCUGAAAAAAGAUUUAAAGAAAUGGGCAAAGAAGUUCCAAUUGAUGCUUUGAAUAGCAUGAUAGCUAAUUAUGUUCUACCUAAAAGCAAGGAUUUUCCAUUUUCAGAUGAAGAUUUUGAUCAGGUUCUAUUUGUUGAACUGAACCGAGACGAGUCUCAGAAAUAUUUGGAUCAGAUGAAGCAAGAUACUCUGUCUCUAUCUAAUAACAACCUGUCAACAUUAGCGCACAGAGGUUCUUCUCAUUCUUCUGUACCUGCAUUGCAAAAUCAAAGAAGUUCGACAGGAAGUGGAAUUCACCAUUGGAGAGCUCAUUCUCUCAUAUCUCAAACCAACUACAGGAUGCCUAGUCAAGUCAAUUCACAUGGUCAUAUGAAUGAACCUCAGCUAAAUAUGAAUCUGUUGUGUGGAGGAUAUCCAAGCAGUCAAAUUUCACAUGCUGCAAGAUCACCCUCUCCUUGUGGACGUUAUUCCAAUGGUGAAGCAUCUUGUUUUCCUAUAGAUAAUGUUGGUUCCAAUAGAACUUACGGUGACAUCGAAGCAUACAGGAACCCUGUUUUGGGUAGCCAGUAUAGGCCAAGUACUGCAGGGAACAACAAUAUGAGUUUUCAUGGAAGACCUUAUGUUGAAUAUCGAGAGUCACAACCUUUUAAUUAUCGUACAUAUGGAAGACCUUAUGUUGAAUACAGAGAUUUCCAACCUGAGCUUCUUUCACAUGCAGCAGCCACACCUUCGCUUCCCCCGUGUGGGGAACCGACUUUAAGACCUCGACAUGGUGGAUUACCCGAUAACAUGCAAUAUUCAGGGAGAUAUGCUUGUCAGUAUCCAAAAUACUACCCUUGAAAUUUACCAGACACUGUAAUUGUUUGGAGCUGGCGCAUGGCGCGUUCUCAAUAGUUGCAAUUCUGUUUGGCUUGGUUUGUUGUCUUACAUGUUCGGCUCUGUCAGAGAAAAAAUCCUGGAUGCGCAUGGAAGGCUCAAGGGACAUGGAGCUUUUAAAGGAAAUUUUGAUGUCGGUUCAACCGGAACCGAAUGUGGAAGUAGGGAUGUUAGUUUGCAUCUGUCAGGGGGAUCCCAGCGGGAAUUGUCCCGUUCAGAGUCUCAAAGAUGGGGAAUUUUCUCCCUCAAAGAUGGGGAAUUUUCUCCAGCGGAAUGUUAAUACAGUGAAAUGUAGAUAUUAAUGUAUUUAUUACGAGUGAGAAAUGUAGAUAUUAAACCUUAUAAAAGUUGUAGAGUUUAUUA